UCGACGGGCUUCUACACAUUAGCCGAUUAGCUGACCUGGUGGAUAUUUAGCGAGUGAAUACAUGUAACUGUAUUAAAACUCACCCGUGAGAGUGAUAACCUGCAGCCAUGUCAUCUGUUUUAGAUGCUCUCUGGGAAGACAGAGACGUACGGUUCGACAUAACAGCACAGCAGAUGAAAACCCGCGCAGGAGAGGUGCUCAUAGACUGUCUGGACUCCAUAGAGGACACAAAAGGAAACAACGGAGACCGAGGACGCCUAUUAGUAACAAACCUGAGGAUCAUUUGGCACUCUCUGGCCCUGCCAAGAGUCAAUUUGUCGGUUGGUUACAACUCGGUCAUUAACAUCACAACAAGGACAGCUAACUCAAAACUGAGAGGUCAAACUGAAGCACUCUACAUCUUAACAAAGUCCAACAACACUCGAUUUGAGUUCAUUUUUACAAAUGUGGUUCCAGGAAGUCCACGUCUCUUUACCUCCGUCAUCGCUGUACACAGAGCCUAUGAGACCUCUAAAAUGUACAGGGACCUGAAGCUGCGCGCUGCUCUCAUUCAAAAUAAGCAGCUGAGACUUUUGCCUCGGGAGCAAGUGUAUGAUAAAAUUAAUGGAGUUUGGAAUUUAUCCAGUGAUCAGGGUAAUCUUGGGACCUUCUUUAUUACAAAUGUCCGUAUUGUGUGGCAUGCCAAUAUGAACGAGAGCUUCAAUGUCAGCAUUCCCUACCUCCAGAUUUGGUCAAUCAGAAUACGAGACUCAAAGUUUGGCUUGGCUUUGGUGAUAGAGAGUUCACGUCAGAGCGGUGGCUAUGUGCUUGGAUUUAAGAUUGACCCUGUGGAUAAGCUCCAGGACGCCCUUAAGGAAAUCAACUCAUUGCAUAAGGUGUACUCCGCUAACCCUGUCUUUGGAGUGGACUAUGAAAUGGAAGAAAAGCCCCAACCCCUGGAGGAACUCACAGUGGAACAACCUCCGGAUGAUGUGGAAAUUGAGCCUGAUGAGCAGACUGAUGCGUUCACUGCCUACUUUGCUGAUGGCAACAAGCAACAAGACCGUGAACCAGUGUUCUGUGAGGAGCUGGGCCUGGCCGUUGAAAAACUAAAAGAUGGCUUCACACUUAACGGUCUGUGGGAAGUCAUGGGCUGAAACUAUAUAAUAAUGUUUAUUUAUAGCUUGUCUUUAAAGGAUUCUUUGAAUCUUAAGAAAAUAUUAUAUUGCAUAUGUGGAAGUUUUAUUAUAUCAUAAUUAGUACAAAGUCUAUUUUUUCCCCAUCUGUAUAAUACAGUUUAUAUUAUUGUACUUUUUUUUUUAAAUAAAUGGAU